CGGCAGGACGAUGGCUUCUAUCUCCGAGCGCACCUUCAUCGCCAUCAAGCCUGACGGAGUCCAGCGGGGACUGGUGGGAGAGAUCAUCAAGCGGUUUGAACAGAAAGGAUUCAAACUGGUGGCCAUGAAAUUAAUACAUGCCUCUGAAGACCUUCUGAGAGAACACUACAUUGACCUCAAGGACCGGCCGUUCUAUGAUGGUCUGGUGCAGUAUAUGCACUCGGGACCUGUUGUAGCUACGGUGUGGGAAGGUCUUAACGUGGUUAAGACUGGAAGAGUGAUGCUGGGGGAAACUAAUCCAUUCGAUUCAAAGCCUGGCACCAUUCGUGGUGACCUCUGCGUUCAGGUUGGAAGGAACAUCAUUCACGGAAGUGAUUCUGUAGAAAGUGCUGAGACAGAGAUCAAUUUGUGGUUCACUCCUGACGAACUGGUUGAUUACAGAAGCUGUGCUCAUGAAUGGAUCUAUGAGUAGAACUGAGCCGAUACCUUCUGAUAUUCUGUCUGUAAACAGCUGCUAGCCUCUAGCUGUCUCAACGCCCUUCAUAUAAACUGGUAGAAACCCAUCUCAGAAUUCUGUGAGAUUGCUCUGUUGGGAAUAGUAAAUAUAGUCAGUGUUCGCUGCUGCUUUGGUUAAAAAGCUGUCGAGUUAUAGAUGGAAUUGUACUCUUAAAAAGCUGCUUCUGGGGGCGAGAGAUACGAGGUUAAAACACAGAGCAUAUAACGCAUAUAUUGUCCCCAAACACUCUGUAGUCAAAGAGGGCAUUUUGGUGAAUAGAAAAAAAUUUGGUAAAAAUUUAUUUGGUAAAUAAAUAUGCAAAUGGCUCAGUGUCAAAAGUUGACAUUGUUAAAAUGUUGGGGGACAACUGGUGGUAUGUAAAUAUAUUGAUGGUGUGCCCAAACGCCGAGGACUGAACUCGGUAUCGAGCGAAUCCCCAUGCCCAAGACGGCUGGAGAAAAAAAGCUUCUUUCUCCCUGCGGAACGCGCUGUGCCUGUACGCAGAGCAUAGCUUUGACUAAAAUGAGAACUUUCCUCUAGAUUGACACUGUUUCAGCUUGCUUUUUUUAUCCCCACAUGGGAUUUAUUUAGCAUUUUAAGGAAGGAUUAAUAGGCCAGGCUUUCUGAAAUGCCCUUUUAUGUGAAAAGAAGAUCAGCGUGGGGUUGGUGAGGGAGAUCUGCCUUCAGCCACUUCACUGUAGCAGUCCUCUGACGUUGCGCAGAGCAACAGGGCGCCGUUUGCUUUACUGACUGAAGAGCUGAUAGUUCAGCUGUGUUCUCAUUUGUGUCCUUUCCUUAAUAGUUGGAACUACAAAGCGAGCUGUUCUUGGGUGAGGUAUUUCAGAAGUGACUGUAGCUUUUUUUUUUUUUUUAAUUUAUUUAAUCAUGUAAUGAAAUACAGUCACGAUAAUGCUAAAUGUAUUUCAGUAGAGGUGCCUGCUUCUAUCAGAGAAAACUAUCCGCCUCUUGCAGAAAUCUUAAUAACAAAUAUUCACUAGCUGUACCGGAUGAGGAACAAGAAAUGUGUUGGGGUCAAUAUUAUGUAU